GCCGUCGUCAGUGUCAUCGCCGGCGUUAUUUUUUUUCGUUUCCAGUGUUACCAUUAUUGCUGCCUUUGCCUCUUCCCUAGAAACGCUCUCUGUCUCUAUCUAGAUGGAGAAAAGCUCCUACUUUCUGUUUGGUGGAACAAACUUCAAUAAGAAGAAGUUUGCUCCAGAUUUUGCUAAGUUUAAGAAUUGUACGGAGGAUGACGAUUCCAAUAAGAAAGUGAACUUCUUUGUUGAAGAAGAGGACACUGAAGAGCAGGAGAAGAAAGUUGUUGUGUCCUCUAAGAAGAGGAAACGAAGGUCUUCUAAUUCUGUGCCAGUUGAAGGAUUUGAUGUGUUCAAGAGCUCAAAGAAGGCACUUGCUAAAGGUAAAGCAGAAGAAGGAAACACAAAUAAUGAUAUUAUAGAGGAUCCCAAGAAGGAACUUAAUCGUCAAAUAGAGCGAGAUGCUUUGUCGAGGAAACAGUACAACAUUCAUGUUUCCGGUAACAAUAUUCCACCCCCGCUUAAAAGCUUUGCAGAGUUGUCAUCAAGGUAUGGCUGUAAAAGAUAUAUAUUACGCAAUUUGGCUGAACUAGGAUUUAAAGAGCCUACCCCCAUCCAAAGACAGGCUAUUCCAGUUCUCCUAUCGGGUCGUGAAUGCUUUGCCUGUGCUCCAACUGGGUCAGGAAAAACCGUUGCUUUUAUUUGUCCCAUGCUUAUAAAACUCAAGCGCCCUUCAACAGAUGGAAUAAGAGCAGUUAUCCUUUCUCCUGCUCGGGAACUGGCUGCCCAAACAGCUAGAGAAGGAAAGAAACUUAUUAAAGGAAGCAAGUUCCACAUUAGAUUGAUGACUAAACCUCUUGUCAAAACAGCUGACUUCUCAAAGCUGUGGUGUGAUGUUCUCAUAUCAACGCCGAUGCGGCUGAAAAGAGCAAUCAAGGCUAAAAAGAUUGACUUAAGCAAGGUCGAGUACCUUGUCCUUGAUGAAUCUGACAAGCUGUUUGAGCAGAGCUUGUUAAAGCAGAUAGAUUGUGUGGUUAAGGCUUGUUCAAAUCCUUCGAUCAUACGUUCGUUGUUCAGUGCUACUUUGCCCGAUUCUGUUGAGGAACUUGCACGUUCCAUAAUGCACGAUGCUGUUCGUGUGAUCAUUGGCCGAAAGAACACAGCGUCUGAAACCGUCAAGCAAAAGCUGGUUUUUGCUGGAACUGAAGAAGGGAAACUUCUUGCUCUUCGCCAAAGCUUUGCAGAGAGUCUGAAUCCACCGGUACUGAUCUUUGUACAAAGCAAAGAACGAGCAAAGGAACUCUACGAUGAAUUGAAAUGUGAAAACAUCAGAGCUGGGGUUAUCCAUUCCGAUCUCCCUCCAGGAGAGCGGGAAAACGCAGUUGAUCAAUUCAGAGCGGGAGAAAAAUGGGUUUUGAUAGCCACUGAUGUGAUUGCUAGAGGUAUGGAUUUCAAAGGCAUCAACUGCGUGAUAAACUAUGAUUUCCCGGAUUCAGCUUCUGCAUACAUCCACAGGAUUGGUCGGUCUGGGAGAGCGGGAAGGAGCGGAGAAGCGAUAACUUUCUACACGGAACAGGAUGUACCUUUUCUUAAGAACAUAGCCAACAUGAUGAUGUCAUCAGGCUGUGAGGUUCCGUCGUGGAUCAUGUCUUUGAAGAAGAAGAAGUGGAGGAAGCAUAGGCCGAGACGUGAUUCUAUAUCUACUCAACCAAAAGCCGAUAAAAACGAUAAAGAUGUGAGGAUCAAACAUAGAACCGGUAACGAGAUGGUUAAAAAGGCCAAAUGGCUCAAGAACGUUAAGAAGGCUUUUAGCCCAGAUUCAAAGAAGUUGAAAUACGAAUCUGUUGAGUGUCAAGAUAGUGUAAUCUCUUACCCUGUCUUGAUUGCCACAUCCAGAAGUUCUCCUCCUCAGUUUGAAGUUAGAGUUGAUGAAGUCAACUAUGAACAGAAGAAGAAUCUGUGUCCUCCUUCAGAUUCUGUGACUGCUACUGUUACACAUGUUCUUGUAGAUUCUGCUACUGUUGCACAUGUUCUUGUAGAUUCACCUCCAUCUUCUCCUGAAUCUGUUCAUCAAGCUAUAGUUGAUGAUAGAUUUGCAGGCAAGUCAAAGGAAGAUGCAGCUGCCAUCUUAAUUCAGUCUACGUUUAGGGGCCAUUUGGCAAGACGAGAAUCGCAGGCGAUGAGAGGGCAUGCAAGACUUAAGUUACUGAUGGAAGGAUCGGUUGUACAACGGCAAGCUGCUAUUACUCUUAAAUGUAUGCAGACGCUCUCUCGUGUACAGUCACAAAUCCGAUCUAGGAGAAUCAGGAUGUCAGAAGAGAAUCAGGCUAGACAUAAGCAACUACUUCAGAAGCAUGCCAAAGAGCUAGGAGGCUUAAAGAAUGGGGGUAACUGGAAUGACAGCAAUCAGUCAAAGGAACAAGUUGAAGCGGGUAUGUUGCACAAGUACGAGGCGACUAUGAGAAGGGAAAGGGCAUUGGCUUAUGCAUUCACACAUCAGCAAAACUUGAAGAGCAACUCGAGAACUGCAAAUCCGAUGUUCAUGGAUCCUAGCAACCCGACUUGGGGUUGGAGCUGGUUAGAGAGGUGGAUGGCUGGCCGGCCAUGGGAGAGUUCAGAGAAAGAACAAAACACAACCAUCAACAACAACAACAACAACGAAAACUCCUCGGUCAAGAACUCGACUAACCGUAAUUCCCAUGGAGGAGAAACCGCAAAAUCUUCAAACCGCAACAAACUCAAUAUCUCUACUCAAUCCAAUACCCCAUCAUCAUCAUCCACUGCCACCAGAAACCCGAGAAAGAAGAGGCCAAUUCCAUCGUCCAUAAAAUCCAAAAGCAGUGAUGAUGAGGCCAAGAGCUCUGAAAGGAACCGUAGGCACAGCGCUGCAAGGUCAUCGGUUAGUGAUGACGAGACCCUGACUAGCUCAACUGCUAAACGUAGUAACCAUCUGAUUCCCACCACAAAACCAGUACGAGGCAAGCCCAAGCCCCAGAGCUCAUCACGUGUAGCGGUGACCACAACCACAAAAACGGAGGAAAACAGUGUAUUACCCGAGAAAGCACCAGCAAAGAAACGGCUCUCCACCUCGGCAGCUUCACCCGCACCCAAACCCAGACGAUCCUCAGCCCCACCAAAGUACACUGUCUUGCUCAAUUCCUCUACAACAAUGGUUGCAGCGAUACUUGCAGGCGCUGCUGUUGCUGCUGCUGCUUAUGCUGGUAAAUAUGGGUUAGAGGCAUGGCAAGCUUUUAAACUGAGACCAGUUAGGCCUAGAAUGCGAAAAUUCUAUGAAGGUGGUUUCCAAGCUACUAUGAAUCGGAGAGAAGCUGCUCUAAUUCUAGGUGUUAGGGAGAGUGUAGCAGCAGAGAAGGUGAAGGAAGCUCACCGUAGAGUGAUGGUGGCUAAUCAUCCAGAUGCAGGAGGAAGCCAUUACCUUGCGUCUAAGAUCAAUGAAGCCAAAGACAUGAUGCUUGGCAAAACCAAGAACUCUGGUUCUGCGUUUUGAAACCCUUUGGCGUGAGAAAUAUAUAAAUCAAAUUGAAAAUGAGUC